AUGAGUGGUAAUACAGGAGUCACCCUGCCUGAUAUGACUGAGCCAGACGACCGUCAUCACCGCCUGGUGGUGAGCGCUGUCGUGGAGGAUGUCUCUCAUCAUUUCGACUAUUUACCUGUUGGUGGAUGCGGUGAAAGUUCCACACCAGAGUCUACCACCCAAGACCUCUCAUUUCCGUCAGCUGGAGAAGGUUUGAACGAAAACAGCAAUCGCCACUCCGACUUGUGUCCAAGUGUGCAAGAAACCAGCAGACGCCAUGAGAUCCCAGAAGGCAGCAAAGAGUUUUCCGAAGAAGGUGAUGGCGAUCAUUCUGGUAACAACAGCAGCAUUUCUGACAUGGACACUUUAACCAGUCCACCGGAUGAAGAGCUGAAACAGAAGGUUAUUUCCCUAGUUGAGUUUUACUUUUCAGAUGAAAGCAUUUUAAAGGAUGCCUUUUUACUCAAACAUGUAAGAAGAAAUCGUUUCGGUUUUGUGAGUCUCAAAUUGAUAACUUCUUUCAAGAAAAUGAAAGCUCUGACAAGGGAUUACCAUGUUGUGGCAUAUUGUUUAAAAGCAUCAGGUAAAUUGGAGUUGAAUGAAGAAUGUACAAAGGUGCGAAGAAAAGAUCCGUUGCCAGAUUAUGAUGAAACUGUUCCAUCCAGAACUGUUGUAGCACUCAACUUGCCUCUUGAAAAUCCGACUAUGGAAAAUAUGGCAGAGAUUUUUUCCAAAUGUGGUGGUGUAAAUAACUUCAGAAUUCUUCGUCCAGGUUCUUCAAUCCCAAGUGACUUGCACAAGUUUGCUAGCAAACACCCAGAACUGGAAUCUACAAUGUGUGCUGUCGUUGCUUUUGAGAAUUAUGACCAGGCUCAGAAAGCUUGUGAAAUCCUGACCAACAGUGAUGAUUGGAGAAAAGGUAUGCGUGUCAUUCCGCUGAUGGUUCCUAAAAAGAAGGAAGAUAAAUUUAAGAAGGAGAAAACAGAAAUAAAAAAGAAAGAAGGCACAGGUAAAGGUGAUAUCUCACCUGAAGAUUAUCCAGGUGAUGACAAGAAAAGGCGUCGACGAGGUGGUCGAAGGAAGAAAGCAUGUGUUGCUGAUUUAACUCAGGAUUCAUUUCCCUGCAGCAAUGGAUCACAGGGUGAUUCUCUGUCAAAAUUCACUGUUGUAACAGCAAACAAAUACUUCGAGGAGAACAUCAUCUGUGUGAAUAUGAUCGAUCCAGCCAGUAAUUCUUACAGUGUGCAGCCACUCCAAACAAAACCAUUGUUAUUGGACUCUCAGCCCAGCUUCAUUUCCAGAAGCACCCAAGAAAUUGUUAGGCAGAAUGCAGAUUCAUCGGCAGGAGAUAGUGCUCCACCAAACUCAUGGGUGCAGCGGCGCCUUAGAAUUUCCCAGGAGAAGCUAACGGGCUGCAAUUCUUAUUUGGGAAGGCGCAACCUAGAUGUUUCUUCCUUAUCUAGAGCAGCACCGAGAAUGCUGGACAUGACCAAUGUGUUGCGUCAACCAAAAGGUCCGGACAAUACUAGUGGGUUUUAUGGAGGUAUAGGUAGAGGUAGAUUGCGAAGCUUUACUAUUGUAUAA